AUGGCACUCAUCAUCGACAAGCACCGGCCUCGGUCUCUCGAGGCCUUGACAUAUCACCACGAGUUGUCAGAACGGCUCGGGUCGCUGGCUCGAAGCAGCGAUUUCCCCCACCUCCUCGUCUACGGACCGUCAGGCGCCGGCAAGAAGACGCGGAUAGUGGCGACCCUGAAGGAGCUUUACGGUCCCGGCGUGGAGAAGAUCAAGAUCGACGCUCGCAUGUUCCAGACGAGCAGCAAUCGCAAGCUCGAGUUCAACAUCGUGGCCUCGGUCUACCACCUCGAGAUCACGCCGUCGGACGUUGGCAACUACGACCGGGUGGUGAUACAGGACCUCCUGAAGGAGGUGGCGCAAACGCAGCAGGUCGACCAAUCGGCGAGGCAACGAUUCAAGGUGGUGGUCAUUAACGAGGCGGACCACCUGUCACGCGACGCGCAGGCAGCGCUGCGUCGGACCAUGGAAAAAUACUCGCCCAAUCUGCGACUGAUCCUCCUCGCCAACUCGACAUCCAACAUCAUCGCGCCGAUUCGAUCGAGAACGCUGCUGGUGCGGGUCGCGGCGCCGACGCACGACGAGAUAUGCCACGUGUUGGAGCUGUCGGCCAAGAAGGAGGGCUGGGAGGUCGUCAAAGGGCUGCACAGGCGGAUAGCGGAGGAGAGUGGGAGGAAUUUGCGGCGAGCGCUGCUCAUGUACGAGGCGGUCCACGCACAAAACGAGAAAGUGGCGGAGAACACCCCCAUCCCGCCGGCAGAUUGGGAGGCGUUGAUCGGACAGAUUGCCCGGGAGAUCAUGGACGAGCACACGCCGGCGAGGAUCCUGCAAGUGCGGUCGAAACUCUACGACCUUCUGACGCACUGCAUUCCGGCGACGACGAUCCUCAAGACGCUGACGUUUAAGCUCCUGGCACUGAUCGACGACGGGCUCAAGGGCGAGGUGAUUCAGUGGUCUGCCUUUUACGAACACCGCAUCAAGACGGGAACGAAGGUCAUAUUCCACCUGGAAGCCUUUGUGGCCAAGUUUAUGCGAAUAUUGGAGAUGUACCUGAUGAGUAUGGACAUGUAG